AUCAUGCCGAUUGACAGCACCCCGAAAAAGGUAAACAAAGAAAAUGAAGGAGUCUGCAAAGGAGAACCGAGAUCACCCAGCAGCAGGGAUUGGAGAUUCGUCAGAUGUUUCCGUUUCCGAACCAACAAAGGCGAAAUACCAACAGGCUCUAAAUCAAGCAUUUGCUAAUAUGGAUCUACAACAAAAGGACUGCUACGAUGAGGACAGUGAUGAAGAGGACAAAGCAAUGCAAAAACGGAAAAUGCUGAGAUCUUGGCUUAAUCGAUUGUUUCGUAUUAAAAUGACGGAUGGCCGGAUACUGAAUGGCUAUUUCGUGUGUACCGAUGCCGAUGCGAACGUGGUACUCCAGGGGACGAGCGAAUUCACCGAAAUCGGAGGCGAAGAACGCAUUCUCGGGCUGGUCAUGAUACCGGGCCGGUACAUUGUUUCGAUAGAAGAACGCAAUCCACCAGUUUUUUGGUAACGAACAAAGUACGUGAUUAUAUUUUAUUUAUUUACUACACA